CCGCCUUGGCCUCCUCCAGGCAGGCCGCCCUCCUCAGGGCCCUUCACGCCGACCCGGAAGGCGGGAAGGCGGCGACUGCAGGGCAGGCCUCGUCUGGCACCGUCGCCUCAGCGAGCCGCUUAGGGACUCCUCCCCUCCCCCCACAUCUGUUCGGCUGGUUCCCCCCCAGGUAUUCGUCAGUCAUGUCACUGAAAGGAGGACUCUUUGCUUGUGAUGAGCCUAUGUACUGGAGGCUGGCAUUGAACGCUUACUGGGAAGUGCUAGAGGCCAAAGGAAAGAAGAAGAAGGACCUUGUUGUCUUGGAUAAAUGGUAUCAAGAAGAACUGCCGGCUGCCAUUGCAGAACGAAAGACAAGAUAUUUGACCCGAGAGGACCUGGUCAAGCUGAUGGACUGGAAGCUGUCUAGAGGCAAGUUUCGUCCACGCCUGCAGCAGCUGGUAGCCACCAACUCCACUGAGUCAGUGGAGAGCUGUACUGAGAAAGCCUUCCGGCUCCUCCCGGAUGUAGCAGCCGCCAUAACUGAACUCAGCAAACUGAAAGCUGUGGGGCCAGCUACAGCAUCAGCAAUUUUAGCUGCAGGAGCUCCAGAAGCUGUGGCAUUUAUGGCUGAUGAGGCGAUGGAGUCCAUUCCGGGCCUUGCACCUGUUCAGUAUACGCUCAAGCACUACAUGCUGUACCUGGGCAAAAUUCAAAGCUGCGUUGAGAAGCUCAACAAAGCAGAUGCAGAGAAAACAUGGACGCCUCAGCAUGUGGAAAAGUGCCUCUGGGCUUGGGCUGUAGCUGAAAAACUACAGCUGCCAUUGUUGCAGAUGCUUGGUACAGAGAAGGAGAAAGGUGUGUGUGGCAAAGAAGCAGACGGAGAGCCCCGGCAGAAACGGAAGAGGAAAUGAAAAAUGCGUUGAAUGUAGUGAAUUCGGUUUUUUCUCUCCUCGAUGAUGCUGAAACUAUGCAGAGGGACACCUGAGCUCAAGGGUAAUGAUUUUGCAAGAAGCCUUUGCUUCUCUCAUGAUACAAAAACAUUGGCUUUUGGAGCUAACAGUGCGUGCCCUUUUGCAACGUGCCAGAACGGUGUAGGCCUUCUGAGCUGUGUCAGAGGCUGCUGCUGUUGUCUGUCUUUAUGAUGGCGCAGUACAGGGCAAGAUGGAAGCUGGCAUUAAAGUCUACUUCAUUCAUGCCAGGGGAACAAGGUAGAAGGAACCCCGUUGCUCUAGACUGACUGUGGGAUCCCAUUUUAGAAUAUUCUAUCCAUACUCUAAAAACUCCCUGCAAUCAGAAAACUAGUGGCCUGCCUCUUUCUUUAAGGUCUUCUGUUUGCAUGGAGUUAUUUUAUAGUGGCGCCGGGU